UACACUUUCAACCUUCCUGAAAUUCCUGAAUCACAACCUCUUUUUCUGCCUGAAUUAUCGCCUUUGUACCACGUCCUCCUUUUUCCUUUCUCGUCUUCCAUUUUUCCCAGUGCCUUUGGUGAGCUUUGCCGUCCGCAAAGCCUCGUUCCUCCUCAGGCAUCUCUGUCGACCUGCUGCUCACUCAAUAUCAAUCCUGUCCCAUGCCCCAGUGGCGAAGGGCCCCGUUUCAAGAAUUUCGCGUACACAAUGAGUCCAGUGGCUUACUCCUCCUAAACUAUCCGGAUCUCCGUCCUCUCCCAUCUGGGUGCCUGCAUUCAGUGUAGUUCCACGAGUCCCUCUUCAGCGUAUACGAACCCUCCUUGAGAUACUACGGGCGGUGGCGGCGACUCCGGCAAGUCAUCAUGGACCCUCGUGGCAGCAUUGAUGGCUUGGGUUAUGACAUGUCCCAAUUCGUUUCUCCGCAGCCUCCGCAAAUCUUUGGCGCAUAUAACCCAGACGGCACUCCUAUACCCCCGACCCUACCACCUGGUGCAUAUUUUGGCGAUUUCAAUGAUGGAGGAGCCGACGAGAAUGAUCCCAAACGCCGGCGCAUUGCAAGGGUGCGCCUCCAUACAUAGCUACCCAACAAGAACCGUACCUUCUGACGGUGACUACAGGCUUGCGAUAUGUGCAGAAAGAAAAAGAUCAAGUGUGACGGCAAGAUGCCCAAAUGUGGCCACUGCAUAAACUACAAGACGGAAUGUAUCUUCACACAGGUCGAAAAGAAACGUAAUCCUCCAAAGGGAGCCAAAUAUAUUGAAGGCCUCGAAAACCGCCUCGGGCGCAUGGAGUCGCUCUUACGAAUGUCUGGCCUUCUCAGUGAAGAAGAAGCAGGAAAGACAGACUUGGGCACGUUGGAGAAGCGUCUCGCCGAGAAGGCCUCUUCAAGGGAUUUCCCAACACACAAGACGACAGACUCUCCUGGCGCAGCGAAGAGUGGCACCAACUCUGCGGCGGCCGAAAAUUCCCCCAGACCUGCCUCACAACGGGACUCCCUUGAGACUCCUCGGGACAAUAUCACUUCACCGAGUACAGAUGGCGAGAGACCAGGCAGAGAGGACGUAGAAAAUCUUUCCGAGGCCAUGUGCUCGCUUGUCACCAACAAUGUUGGUGAGACCAGAUACAUUGGAUCGUCAUCGGCCUUCUCCAUCUUCUCGAGUAAAGGUAUCGAGUGGGUCAAUGAAAAGACUGGAGACACUUCCUUCCAGGAAACCAUUCAGAAUGCCGUCAACGAAGACGACACCAAGUGGCAGUACUGGAAGCCUGAGGUAUUCGGAGAUAUCUUCGUCCGCCGAGUCUUUAAGCCGCUGCCGCCAAAGGAAGAAGCUAUGUCCUUGUUCAAGGAUUUCUUUGAGAACUUCAACUGCAUGUUCCCAUUGUUCCAUGAACCUACCUUUAUGCAUCUUGUGGAGAAGCAAUAUUCCAAGGACCCGUACGAAGGAAGCGGGUGGUGGGCAAGCAUCAACGUCGCCCUCGCCAUUGCUUAUCGCAUCAGGGUCAUGAGUAAUGUUGUUCCGCAAGAAGACGACCAAAAGGCGUGGCUUUACCUGAAGAAUGCCAUGGGCGUCAUCACUGAACUGACCAUGCGAAACACUGAUCUUCUCAGUGUCCAGGCCCUUCUCGGCAUGGCCCUGUUCCUCCAAGGCACACCAAAUCCUCAGCCAUCCUUCUUUCUGAUUGCUGCUGCUAUCAGAUGUUCACAUACAAUAGGACUUCACAAGCGAGGCUCCGCGUUCAACCUCAACCCCAUCGAAGUGGAACAACGCAAACGAGUCUUUUGGAUCGGCUAUCUGCUCGACAAGGACGCCUGUCUUCGGGCCGGUAGACCGCCUGCACAGGACGAUGAUGACAUGAAUGUCGAGCUACCCUCGGAAGACCCCCCUGAUAACAUUGGAAAUGUCCCGUUGGCAGACGGUAAGAGCAAGAUUAACCUCUUCCGUCUCAUGUGUGAGUUUGCCAUUAUUUCAAGCAAGGUCUAUCGGCAACUCUACUCCGUCCGAGCUUCGAAGCAGAGUGACGGUGAGCUUCUGAACACCAUCGGCGAGCUGGACAAAGAAUUGGAGGCUUGGAAAGACAGCAUUCCUCUGGACUUCCGACCCGAACACGAAAUCAAAACGUCUCAUACUCCGCUCAUUCUCCAUAUCGUCGUCCUUCAUUUCUCCUACUACAACUGCUUGACGACAAUCCACCGGAUGUCCGUUCACCACGGCUAUUGGACCAGUCGACUUUCGGAAUAUGCCAUCCAGGGCCUUAACGCUCGACCCCUCAAUCCAAGGGUCUUUUCUUCUGCGGCACUUUGCGUUUCAGCUGCACGGGCCUCGAUCCACCUCAUCAAAUACAUCCCGCAAGGGGACUUUGCAUGCGUCUGGCUAAUUCUAUACUUCCCGGUCUCGGCACUUGUCACCCUUUUUGCCAACAUCCUGCAGAACCCUCAAGACACCCGCGCAAGAGCUGACAUCAAGCUGAUGGACCUUGUCGUCAACUUUCUUUCCAAUGUUGCGCAUGACGAAGGCACUGGAUCGUUGAAUCGCAUGCUCACUGUAUGCUCGGAGUUCGCCCGUAUUGCAAGAGUGGUGAUUGAAAAGGCCGAGAAAGAAGGGUCAAAACGGAAACGCAGGCUUGUGCCCGAGGAAGUCAUGCGCGUCAAUCAAUCAGCCAUGGCGCAGGUGCAGUCACAGAUCAAUGGGCGCAAUGCUGGAUCUCGGAGAUCGAGCGGCGCGGGAGCCUCACCACGGACCACGACGAGCACCAUACCACCGGCUUCUACAACCGCCGCACCUGUGACUCCCAUUGCGGGUAAUGCCACGGCCAACAACAUGAAUCAUAACAACCAGUUCUUCAACAUGCCAGCACUCGACAACGAUUAUGCUGACAUGAUUUCGGCGCCGGGCCUUAGCCCAGACCUCAGUAGUCAGCAAAUGCCCAGCUCGACCAUGUCGCCUCUCAACGUCGGGUCUUUUCAACAACCAUUUGUCCCUCAGGACUUGUGGCAGAUGCCGAUGACUUUCGAGUGGGAUUGGGCGGAGACGUUUGGGCAACCCACGUAUAACGACUUUAUCUUGAGCGACAAUAUGAACGAAGGGAUGAUGCCUCAAUGAUGGAUGAUGGAGAUAUACACCGUGCCAGCAUGUACAUGAAAAUUACCUCGGUCAGCCUUGAACCUGCAACGGCGUUCAUGGCGAGAAGUGAAAGCACUCUCUGGUGGAGAGAGUAGGGCUGUUCCCGUUGGGCAACACUGUACCAAUACAUGAUACCCCAUUCUUGCGAUUCGAACUCUCUUGCACCGUUCCCUAGUGUUCCUCCGUCUCCUGUGAAUUGUUCCUGCCGGUCGGUGAGCCGCCGAGAUACCUUGGCGCCUUGAUAUACUGGGUUGGGUCCGGCAGGAUGGUUUUAGCAAUCAGCUUCUUGAAAUGGCCUGCGCCUAUUGAAUUGA